GAAAGCAAUAAACAUUUCUUCAGAUAUUUCUCCUUCUUUUCAGUUUCUAACAUGGUAUUAGAGCUAUAAGCUCUUGAUUCUUUUCUCUUAUCAUCGCUGUUGGGUUUUUUGGAGUUGGAUUUUCAAUUCCAUUCCAGAUCUGAAACUUUGUCAUUGGGAUCUCUUCUCAUACAGAUUGGAUUGUUUAUCCUCGAUUCUCAGACCCUUUCUGAGGUACUUUGUUGGUUUGUUAUUUCGAUCUUGGCAUCUAUUUCUUCAUAUUUUUAGAGUUUUUCAGUAUUGUGAGUUUACUGAUUCUAUGACGAGUUUUGAAAGGAUUGUAACUCAUCCUGCUACUGCUACGGUUGCCAAAGAAGUGAUAGAACAACCUAAUGUCAACCUUGAAUCCCUAAAACAUGUGAUAUUAAAUCUUUUUAAUGCUCCUACUGCCUUAUCUACUGCUCCGGGUACCAAACCUUGGUAUUUCGAUUCUGAUUGUUGUAACCAUAUGUCUUCAAUUACUGCUCAUUUCUCUUCAAUGUCAUCUAAUAAUUCCUUUCAUGAUAUUUAUUCUGCUAAUGGUUCCCCUAUGAAUGUUAGUCACAUUGGUAAUGUUUCUACAAAGUCAUUGACUUUACCAAAUGCCCUUUUAGUUCCAAAACUUAGUUAUAAUCUUCUAUCUGUCGGUCAAUUAUGCGAUAUUGGUCUUGAAGUAACAUUUUCUGCUCAUGGUUGUCGUGUGCAGGACCCACGGACAGGACAACUUCUUGGAACUGGUCGCAAGGUGGGGCGUUUGUUUGAGCUCAACUAUCUGCAUAUUCUUGAUAAUAAAAUGGAUACAACAUCAUUUCCAAAUGAUCGAUUCAUCCAAACCCUACUUUGUGCUAUUGAAUUAGAGAUUAAUCAAACCAAAAUAGCUGCUGCCACUGAUAGCAUCAUUACUUUAAGAUGAAAAUCGUGCCGGAACAAGAUGCUAUUCCAAAAGUAACCUUGAAUAAUCUCAUAAUCCACUGUUAUGUAUACUAAGUUACUAAUCAAAGAAAUAUAGAAUUAUACGCCUCUUUGUUUCCUAUUGCUACUCGGCUGUAUGUUGAUUUUACAUGUAUUUCCUAUGGUUAACAUAUGUCCAUUUCAGAGUUUGAAGCCUACUGAUUUGAUGCAAGACCUUGAACCUAAAUGAAUGGAACUCCGAGGGAUAUUUUGGCCGCCCGCCUGUUGGUGUUACCGAAUUAACUUCAAAACAAAAGCAUCGUCAUGCAAGGAGAAUGGUGUACUGCCAAGAAGAAGAUGAUGAAAUAAGUCAUUUCUCAGUAA